CCUCUGCCCCGCAUCCCUCGCCACGUCACCUUCCAGGACGACGAGGAGAUCGUCAGGAUCAACCCUCUGGAACGUUCCUGGGAGCUCCCCUCGGAAUCCUCCUCCCGCUCGGAACUCCACAUGGACCAACUAGAACGCUCCUGGCUCACGGGCUAUGAGGACUACCGCCACGCCACCGUGCGCCACAAAUACAUCCGCCCGCCAGACGACUCUGAGUCCUAUGUCCACUUCGCUAAGAGCGAGUCACACAAACACCACUAUAGUUAUCCCCUGGUAUCCACACCGGUAGAUUCCUCCGACCCCAAACCUACCUUCAGACCUUUACCCAAGAGGCACCACUACGCCGGCUUGGGUUCGCAACACCGCCGUCCCAGGGAACAGGGCUUCGGUGGGGGCGUGGUCUCUACCCAGCCCCAGCCCCUCCUCCCUGGCUCGUCUGAUGGACAGGACAAGAAGUCUGAGGAGGGCGGUGUUGGCGAGCGCCUGCAGUGCCAAUACUGCGGCGAAACGUUCUACGGUGGGAACAACCGCCGGGGGCGCUGCCAGGACGCGCCGGACCCGAUCAGGGCGUGCGUCCGGAGGGUCAGCUGCAUGUGGCUGGCCGACACACUGCUGUACCACUGCAUGUCUGACCCGGAGGGGGACUACUCAGACCCCUGCUCCUGUGAGGGGGGUGGCGAGGGGAGGCUGGGCACGCGAUGGGCAGCUCUGCUGGGGUUGUCCCUAGUGGCGCCGUGUCUCUGUCUGUACCCGCCCCUUCACGCCUGCCACCGGGCCGGGGUGGCGUGCGGGAGCUGCGGGGGCAGGCAUGAAGCCUCAAUGACAUAAACCCAAAAAACCCA